CUUGUCCUUUUAUUCAGUGUAUCAUUAUUCCUUGGGCAACACAUUUGUCCAAAAACUCCAAGCUGGUAUGCUUACCUAUUCCCAGUGGUUGUAUUAUCAACUCUGAGCGUGCAGAUUGUCCUGUAUCUCAUAUUUUCUAUAGGCUGUACAGUUAGUAGACCUGGUUUCUGGAUAUAUCUAGAUAUAGGUGUAAUGUUGUUUCUGUCACUUGUUACGAUCAUUUGUUCUGUAAUCACGUAUAAGGAAUGCAACCAGACUUCGAUUGAAUAUCAGAUUCCAGGACCAUGUGCAAUGGCUGGAGGAGUAAUUUUGGUUGUAAGUUGUGGGUCCAUAUUUCUUCUAUACCGCUAUGUUGAAGAAGAAAUGGAUGUAACUCCCAUUGAUGGUGGUAACAGUGAGCGACCUGAGGGUAGAAAGUCUAUUUUUGCUUGAAAAAGUGACCAAUAUGAUAACAAUCGAGGUUUCUGACCAUAGAUACAGUCAGUGUACAAUCGCGUUUUAUCCCGAUAAAUGUUUGAGUCGACACCUUUUUGUGUUGGUACCCUAAAAUAUUAUAGACUGAUUUUACCAGUGUUGUCUGAUAUAUCCGAGGUUGAAAUAUAUCUUCCGUUUAAUUUCUUUAAAGCUGC